AUGGCGCGGCGACAGCACCUCACGCUCAUGGUCGUCCUGGCCGUCGUAGCCUUCUUCAGCGUCUCCUACCUCUUCUCGAGUGGCACCAGAGAACCCUCAACACCCGCGCCCCCCGCCGCCGCCGUACCCCUGAAGGACGAUAACGUAUCGUCGAGCGGUGAUAUCCCCGAUCUUGGCCACAUAUCGAGCAGCAUUCUGUCCGGCGAGUCCAUUGCGCCCAAGUUGGAGAAUGCCACGGCAAAAGCCGAGCUCGGCCGUGCCUCGUGGAAGCUCUUCCACACCAUGAUGGCGCGCUUCCCCGAGAAGCCCACCCCUGACGACAGCCUCGCCCUCAAGACGUACAUCCAGCUCUUCGCCCGCCUCUACCCCUGCGGUGACUGCGCCUCCCACUUCCGCAAGCUGCUGGCCAAAUACCCGCCUCAGACGAGCAGCCGCAAUGGCGCCGCCGGCUGGGCCUGCUUCGUCCACAACGAGGUCAACACCCGCUUAAAGAAGGAUCUGUUUGAUUGUAACAAGAUUGGCGACUUUUACGACUGCGGGUGCGGCGACGAGGAUAAGAAGAAGGCUGAGGGUGGCGAUAAGCCCAGUGCUGAACUGGCGAAGGACGGUCUGACCAAGGGAGGCUAA